AGGAGCGAGUUCCGGUGAAUAUCAGAUUUCUGCUAGUGUUUCUGCUCACCGAUGAAUUUCGUUGAUAAUUUGCACAAAUGGACGAGUAGGAUGGAUCUGGACUUCGGGAACAAACUGCCCCAGGCUCUGUCGACAAACACUAAACUGCCCCAGUCUCUCUCCUCUAGCGCUAAAUUUCUGCCCUCAGGCCCGUUUGAGCACUACGGGCGGCCCGUGGGAGUCAAAGUCAAAGAGGAAGACGAGAGUGUGGAAGAUUUCUUUCAUUUCGCUCAGCAUCUGCAGCAACAGACCGGAGAGUGUCUCACGGCUUGUUGCGGCGACUCCGAUCCUAAAAGCCUGUCUCUUCCCGAUUCCCCCAAAUCCAACAACCGUCCCUCGGCGGACCGGCCGUACCACUGCCAGGACUGCGGGAAAUACUUCCGAAUCAACGACAUCAAGAGACACCAGAGAAUACACAGCGGAGAGCGCCCGUUCCCGUGCUUCCAGUGCGGGAAGAACUUCCCCACAUCCGGGGACCUGAAACGACACGAGAGAAUCCACACGGGAGAGCGUCCGUAUCACUGUCUUCAGUGCGGGAAGAACUUCUCCGACUCCGGGCAUCUCAAGCAACACGAAAGGAUGCAUACGGGCGAGAGGCCGUACCAGUGUUCCCAGUGCGCCAAGCGCUUCUACAGAUCCGGAGAUCUCAAACGCCACCUGCGGAUCCACAGUGGCGAGCGCCCGUAUAAAUGCCUCCAGUGCGGGAAAACCUUCUCGGAUUCGGGACACUUGCGCGGACACCAGCGCAUUCACACCGGGGAGAGGCCGCACCGGUGCACCCUGUGCGAGAAGAGCUUCUUUAGAUCCGGGGAUCUGAAACGCCAUCACAGAACACACACGGGCGAGAGGCCGUACCAGUGCUUCCAGUGCGGGAAGAGCUUCUCCGAGUCGGGACAUCUGAAGGAGCACCGCAGGAUCCACACCGGCGAGAAGCCGUACCAGUGUAACCAGUGCGACAAGAGCUUCUCCAGGCUGGAGCGUCUGAAGGGCCACCAGAGCAUCCACACGGGCGAGAGGCCGUUCCACUGCACACAGUGCGGGAAGAACUUCUUCCGCUCCGGAGAACUGAAGCGGCACCAGAGGAUUCACAACGGGGAGCAAGCGUGAAGCCGAGGGCGAGACUGCCGGGCGGGAGAUUUGGCAUCGGUACCGUUCUUAAAGGAUUAGUUCACUUUUGAAAAAACUUUUGCUGAUAAUUUACUCGCCCCCGUG